AUGUUUCUCGUUCUCCCCGCGGUCCUCUUUGUGAUGGCCAAUGUCGCUGUCAAAGUUCGACCAUGGCCUAUGCCCACGUACCUGGAAAACAUUUAUAAAGAGUUUUUCUCUCGUUUUAAUAGAUGCAUGGAGUGGAAUAGGACCAUAUCGAGUCAGGCUUAUACAAGAAUAAUGAAAGGACGUGGGACCUUAAGGCAUCCCAAUAUCAUGCGCACUACCAUUCAGGAAUAUCCGCUCUGGAAUAAUCUGACAAUGGCGGAUAAAUUAUUUUACACCCUCCUCCCUUACGGUAUUUACAGGAGUGAGGUGAAUCGAGAAGCUUCCUAG